UAUGGGCUAGCCUGCGCAGUGAUGGUGUACUGUGAGCGCACCUGGGUUAUUUCCCUGAACGACAGGAGACCUAUUAGCUGGUGUUAUACAUAGCACAUGUCUUAACUAAUAUGUUUUAAUUUACAGGACAACGGGGAUAAACUGAGCGAGUUAAAAAUUGUACAGUCAUUAGCUGAAAGAUGGGCGAGUUUGAGAAAAAUGCCCUUGGCCGGGUAACAGUGUACUCCAUCCAGGGCUGCCCACACUGUGUUCAGGCAAAGGCCACGCUGGGACGUUUGGGAGUACCAGUCUGCGAUGUGGAUGUGGGGAAACAUCCGGAGUUAAGAUCCAGGGUGAAGGCGCUGACGGGCCGCAGCACAGUCCCUCAGAUCUUCUUUAACAACGUACACGUUGGGGGCAAUGAUGACCUACAGAAAUUGGCUCCUGAGGAGCUCCAGAGGUUGGUGAAUCUGGUCAAGGAAGAGCCUCUUCCUGCUGAUGCUCCCCCUCUGCCAGAUGAGAAUAAAUUAGACGACGACACGGCUGGAGACAUCGAUGGAGACUUUCAGUGUGAAAGAGAUGAGUUUGCAGACUUGGUAGAGGACCUGAAACAUGGCAGUGUGAUUGGCAAUCAUAGGAGGGGACUGACUUUGUACAAUAAGAGCUUCUCAGGUGAACAACUGGUUGACUGGCUGCAGAGAGAGAAGGGCAUGGCCAGGGCUGAGGCCUGUAAAACUGGCCAAGCGUUGUUGCAGAAGAAGUACAUGGUGAGUGUUCAUGGCUGUGGGCAACAGGAUGGCAGUUUUGGAGAAGGGAAGGGAACCAUGGAAACACUGUACAGGCUACUGGAGGAUGACCCUCACUCAGCCCUCAACGCAGGACAGACAGCAGCUUGCAGUCCCAUGGAGGCCUCUGAGCUCUCUUUGCUUUUACGAGAGCUGAUUCUGAAAUUGUUCUCCGAGCAUCUCUCUGCUGAUGGCAAGUCUGUCGACUACAAAGGCAUGUCCGUGAGCCCUGCUUUUGAGCGUUACUGUGAGCUAGCCAUUCAGCUGCAGAGAGUUGAGCUGCUGUCACUGAGUCGGGAGGAGAAGCUGGCCUUCUUCAUCAACAUCUACAACGCCUUGGUCAUCCAUGGGUACCUACGCAUGGGGGCCCCCACCAACAUGUGGCAGAGAUACAGAUUCUUCAACUAUGUGAGCUACCUCAUUGGAGGAGAGGUGUUCACGUUGCAGGACAUCGAGAACGGCGUUUUGAGAGGGAACAGAAAAGGCAUGGCACAGCUUCUGAAGCCCUUCUCCAAAACAGACCCACGACUACAGGUGGCUCUUCCUGAUGCCGAGCCUCUCAUUCACUUUGCUUUGAACUGCGGUGCAAAGGGCUGCCCUCCAAUCAAAACGUACACUCCACAGGACAUUGACAGCCAGCUCCGCACGGCAGCUGAGGCCUUCCUUGAAAACGACGACGGCUGCAUGGUGGAUUCUGGGAAAAAAGAAGUGCGACUCAGUCAGAUAUUCAAGUGGUACAAAGCUGACUUUGGAGGCACUGAUGAGAAGCUGCUGAAGUGGGUGGUGGAGCACAUGAGUGACUCUCCAAAGAAGACCAGCCUGCAGGGUGUCCUUUCUGCUGGGAAGACCAAAGUCAGCUUUCUCCCAUACGACUGGAGCACCAACAGUUCCCACUGAGCACGCACACGUUCAGCUACAAUGCGCCGUCUGCUUUGCCGUUGUCCACAACCUGAAGGUCGAGUGUGAAGUGUUGCAAAGCGCAGCCCUGUGGUCUUUAACAAUGCAAAUAUUUUAUGCAAAUCAAACUGUAAACCCGAGUGGUGAAAGGGGAUAUUUGCACUGUAUCACUGAAACACCUACAGACUUAUCCUAGCUUCAAGGUCUAAUUGCAAGCUCCUAGAGCCCUGUCUGUGUAUGUCAUUUACUUUUUAUGAGUUGUAUGUCCUCACGUUUCAUUGGUUCAAGUAAAGACAAGGGGAUAAAAAAUACAAGUUGCAAAGAGAACUUAAAGUCCCCAUGAAAAGGAACAACGAGAGUAUCAGAUGCAUUUCCAAAUGAAAAGGGAUUGAACCAAUUACAAGUUAAAGGGCGGGACAUAACCUUGGGAUUCAUUUAAUUGGAUCGUUACUUCAACAAAGCUAUUUAAUUGGUUGAAAAAGUAGCAAACUUGCUCAGGAUGAGUCAUCAGACAUUUUAAACGUUUUUACAGGAAGAGACGAUACUAAAUACUCCGGUAAUGCUUUAUUGAAAACUAUUUGGCAGAUAAAUGAACAUGGAUUAAAACAGAGGAAAAGGUAUUUAUCAUUUCAUGGGGACUUUAACGCAGCAGCAGAGUUAACAUGAAGUGUGUUCUGCUCAUGAGCCAGGUCAGAGUAAAAUGAUCAGAGAAAGCUUACUUUGAGCAUACUGUAUGAUCACAAUAUGAAAAUAUGGCUUCCUCGUUAUAGCUUUAGUUGGUCAACACCAUGUGAGGAACUCAGGAGUCAAAGAUCAUCAAGAUCUUUACAGUUGUAUCCAACACUCACUGGGCUUCUUAUGCGGGACAUUUCAUCAGAGCAGAUGGAGAUAACCUUGAUAAGCCUUGUCAGAACCCUCUGAGCUUUCAAAUCUACUCAUUCAUCAUUUCAUGCUGGUUCAUAGUUUCAGGGCCAUUUCAACCUGCAGAGGUCAACAAGUUGAUGACAUUUCUUACAGCUGUUUCAGCGCUCAUACCUAAAUACAGUAUAAAUGGAACAUUCUGUCAUCUGGUGCCCAGUGGAUAUUUACUGCUAACAUAGAAACACAGAGUGGCUGUAAAACACCAGGUGGUUGUUCUCAAAGUUUGACAUAAGACACUGAUGAACAUUUCCUAUUCAUAACUUGUCCCAGGUAAUGAGCUGUUUUAUUUUACACACAAAAUAUGCUCUUGUCUUUCACUUGAUUGGCACAGGUUGGACUGUAGUGUGAUGCAGGGGCUGUAACCCCCCCCCCCCCCCCCCCCCCCCCGAGGUUUCUGUCUUUGUGGACAGCAUCCUUUUUGUAGGAUCCCGUCUGAACCGAAGUCGUUCUUUUUGCAUGUCUUGAUCUCUUCCCUCGAGAGGUAUUUUGUAUGAUCCUUUCUUCAAGUGAAACUAAAUGGUUGUUUACCCCGCUUCUUGAUCCAGGUCUUCCAUCUUGAAUCAGAAAAGUGCUACUGAUUUGUUUUUUUAACAACGUAAAAUAAUAUAAGAUAGAGUUAUAUUGUGAAUAAAUGGAAUCUGUGAGAAUAGUGCAUCUAUUUAGGAUGCACUAUGACUCAUAUUUGUACUUUUCUCACAGAGGAGAUGUUGUUUGUGCAUAUCACAAUAAUGUUAGAACAGGUCCUUAAUAUUUCAUUUAUUGUAGGAAGGGUCUUGAAUAUAUAUUUUCAUUACACAAACUCAGUACUCAUGAUUAAGAUCAAAUGUAGCAGUUUAUUUUGAUAAGAGUUUGCAAGUUUUUUUU